ACUGCACAUCCUGGGCCUGCGGCACGGUUUGGACCUGGGAGGAUGGGCGGCCUGCUGCUGGCUGCUUUUCUGGCUUUGGUCUCGGUGCCCAGGGCCCAGGCCGUGUGGUUGGGAAGACUGGACCCUAAGCAGCUUCUUGGGCCCUGGUAUGUGCUUGCGGUGGCCUCCCGGGAAAAGGGCUUUGCCGUGGAGAAGGACACGAAGAACGUCGCGGGGGUGGUGGUGACCCUCACUCCAGAAAACAACCUGCAGAUGCUGUCCUCUCAGCACGGGCUGGAGGGGUGCAGCCAGAGUGUCAUGGAGCUGAUAAAGCGAAACUCCGGAUGGGUGUUUGAGAAUCCCUCAAUAGGAGUGCUGGAGCUCCGGGUGCUGGCCACCAACUUCAGAGACUAUGCCAUCAUCUUCACUCAGCUGGAGUUCGGGGACGAGCCCUUCAACACCGUGGAGCUGUACAGUCGGACGGAGACAGCCAGCCAGGAGGCCAUGGGGCUCUUCACCAAGUGGAGCAGGAGCCUGGGCUUCCUGUCACAGCAGCAGGCCCAGCUGCAGAAGGAUCUCACCUGUGCUCACAAGAUCCUUCUGUGAGUGCUGCGCCCCCAGUAGGGAUGGCGCCCGCAGGGUCCUGUGACCUCGGCCAGUGUCCACCCACCUCGCUCAGCGGCUCCCGGGGCCCAGCACCAGCUCAGAAUAAAGUGAUUCCACAGCAAA